UACAGGCGGAUAACCACUAGCCACAGCGGCUGAAUCCGUUUAAUCUAGGGGAGUGUCACCUAGAAGCUUAGUGGUCCCACAGACAAGGCGGGAACCAGGCAACGGGAGGUGUCCUUCCAGGCUCUGGUCUAAAGUAGUUUCCACCUGGAAUUGACAUCUAUGACGCUAUUGAAGCUGUGCAUCGCUAUAAGUAAGUAUUAAACCAGCUGUGCUGCUAUCAUAUCGAAGUUUCCAAAUCUGAGAUCAACCCUCGUCUCAUCAAGAUCAAGCAUCAUGUCUCUCCCAUUCGUCAAGUCCAUUGAGGACUGCGGCGAGUAUGCCAAAACAGUCCAACCUUACAUUCCGGAGCUCUAUGCUCUUCCUCGACAGAUUCUUGACAACAUUGCCAGUCCUGAUGGGCUGAGGCAGAUUUAUGUUGAUACAAACCCUCUCAUAUCAGGCUUUGCCAUUUCUAUUGCUCUCGGCUUUGUCUUCCUCGUUGUCUCCGAGAUCAAUAGAAACUACUCUCAAGUUGAUCGAAUGUGGUCGAUUCUCCCAAACUUAUACGUCGUCCACCUCUCAGUCUGGGCGCGUCUUGCUGGUAUUCCUUCUUCGCGAGUUGACCUUAUUGCUGCUGCUACAACCCUUUGGAGUUGCCGCUUAACAUAUAAUUACUGGCGUAAGGGGGGUUACAAUAAAGGAUCUGAAGAUUAUCGAUGGGCUAUUCUACAGCAAUAUGUGCCCCGAUUUGUCUGGUUCCUCUUUAACGUCACCUUCAUUUCUUUCUACCAGAGCGUUCUGCUCUUCAGCUUCUCAUGCGUGCCUGCGUAUGCCAUUCUCUGUUCUACCAAGUUCGAGCAGGAUGUGACCUCUGCCGAUAUUGUCUUUGCUCUGAUCAUGGUCGGUCUCGUCUACAGCGAGUGGGUUAGCGAUGGUCAGCAGUGGGACUACCACGCGGCCAAGCAUCAGUACCAGGCCGAGGCCAAGGUCCCCAAGCAGUUCAAGUACUCCCAAGCGGAGCUUGACCGUGGCUUCAACACUUCUGGCCUCUGGGCUUACAGCAGACAUCCCAACUUUGCUGCAGAGCAAAUGAUUUGGUUUGUGCUAUACCAGUGGAGUUGCUUCGCAACCAAGAACAUGUACAGCUACACUUUCACCGGCGCUGCUGCCUUGAUCCUCCUCUUCCAGGGUUCAACUUGGCUCACUGAGCUCAUCACAGCUGGUAAGUAUACUGAGUAUCCCUCAUACCAGGAACAGGUUGGCAUGUUUUUGCCCAAGUCCCUUACCCCCUACAAGACUCCUGGGCCAAAGAUCAUUCGGACUAGCGAUAUUGCUAAGAGGAUGGAGAAUAAGAAGCAAGCUUAAGUUUGCGCCUAGAUACAUUGCCUAUUGCCCUUUAGUCAAGAGCGCUGACUGCGGGGUUUUGGCCAGCAUAAGGCAAUGUCCAAUUUCAUCAUAGUCUAGGUAGAGGAUUCAGUUGCAUAGUUAGUCUAUACUCUAUAUCAUGGUCUAUCGUCUGUCUACUGCUUCUCUGCCAGUCUAAGAUCGCUGAACUUGUCAGCGUAAUGAGAGGGCACAGCAAUGGCAUCGGCCUUCUCCCAGUCUUCCUUCUUGUUCACACCAGUCAGGACAUGCAGGGUUCCACCUAGUCGUCCCUCGAUGCCGAACUUAAUAUCAGUGUUGAGUCGGUCACCAACCAUACAAGUUCGAGAGCGAUCGAGCUGGAACUUGCCCUCAACAGCGUCCAUCAUAGCUUGACUAGGCUUACCGAGGGCCAGGGGUUGCUUUCCUGUGGCGUGAACCACAGGAAUAUGGCAGGAUCCAGCUCCGAGGAAGAAAUCGUGGUGCAUCGGCAAGGUUGAGUCGACGUUGGUAGCAAGGAAGAUAGCUCCCCGCUUGAUGUAGUGCAUGGCAUGGGCAUACUUUAGGUAGUUUACGUGAUAAUCAAGACCGCAGAGAACUACUCCGACCUCGGGGUCAAGUAGUGAGCCAUCAGCAAUACC